ACUUUUUUGGACGUCCAUUCCACCGUUGGCGGGUCGCUUGAAGCCAUGCUGAAUGAUCUUAUGUUGAGCUUUCCUGGUGGUUUGUUCCAAGGCGGGGGUGUGUGAAGGUGGUAGAAUAUUCUGGGUCUUGACCUAAAGCACGAUAAAAGAUGAGUCAAAGCCAGUUCCCCGUCCCACGAGAACCUGUGGAUAUUCAUCAAGAAAUUCGCUCAGUUAAUACAUCCUUCUUCAUCCAGCAACAAAUAAUGGGCUCGUUUGUCGCUUGACUUUCCGUGUCUUACGUCCAAUAUAAAGCAAGUCAAGUACCCUGUAGCUGAUGGCAUUGCAACCUGGUUGUGUGGGCAAUUAUCGCGGGAAAAAGCGCCCCGCAGAAACUGAUCCUGACAAUGACCAGCCUUUGACAAAAAGGUUCAGUCAUCUACAAUUAACUCCUCUGACACUUCAAGAUGACACCUUGGGCCGGCCAAAGCUCGCCACGUCUCAUCAGGGCGAUCGGAUGAUGCUUGAUGAUACCAAUCAUACAAUUUAUAUACAUGACUUGGAGAUGGAGCUACAAGAUCUUGAAAGUUUGGACAAUGAAGUAUCAUUUCUGUCGGGUGUGGUUGAUACACUGUCUACAGUUCCAAGAAUGCUGGUGGCCGACGACCAGGCUCACUGUACAGAGCUGGUACUUUACAGUGAGCCCGUACCGCUUACAGCUCCAAAAGAAGAUGAUAAUGUCCGCAAGGCCCUUGUUGCUACUAGGGAGCGCGCCCGGCAGAAACAUCAUAUGAAGCACGGUUCCCUACAACCUCAUCAAUCAAUUGUCCCGAAUCUUGUUGCAGGCAGAUGUGAUGGUAUUACAGAUCCGAUGUGCUACAAUGAGAGAAUGGAAAUUGACACAAACAAUUAAUACCAAUACGGUGUAUUAUAUGAUACACCGGUACCAAGCUAAAUCCCAGGGACUAUUGCUACACAGAUACUAGAGGCGGUAACAUAGAACCGGGCCACCCGCGUUUCCACCAAAAUACCCAUACAACGC